AUGGAUCCCAAGCGCCUCCCCAAGAGAGCUGCCCCGGACAGCAGGAUCUACUCCCCUCCGCCCGGCUUAACAGCGGCCGGGCCCUGCUGCCCCGACUGCAGCCCUCCGUCGGCUGCCCACCGCCACGGGCUGUACUGCGGGGUGAUCCAGGCGUGCAAAGCCCCCGCCUCCGCGGCCAGCAACGCCGUCUACACGGUGCUGGUGGAAGAUGCCCUGCUGAGGCGGCGGCGGCGGAAAAGUAGCGAGGAAGCGUCGGUGGCCAACGGGCUCGAGGGGAAGAGCCCCGGCAAGGGCCGGGCGAAGCAGUUGCAGAAGAGCUGUAAUGGCAAGGUGCUGCUGGAAGAAGCUGAGCCGAGGGGCCUGACGGACACUCUGGUGCUGAAUGGCAGGCAGGUGGAUGAGCGGCAGGGCCUGCCUGCCAUGGCCCACAGCCAGCUGGAGGGAUCGAACAAGGAGGCAGCGCUGCGACUCCUCAGCGUGGGGCUGGAGCAGCGCCCCCCUCUGCAUUCGGCCUACAUCCCGGUGCCCAGGCAGAGAAAGCUGUCGGGCAAGGCGGGGAUAGACGAGGUCAUGGCAGCCGCAGUUCUCACCAGCCUGUCCACUAGCCCUCUAGUGCUUGGCAACCCGCCUGGCACCCUCAGCCCAGCAGAGCCCAGCUGCGAGGCCUGGAAGGAGGGUCCUGCCAUGUCCUCCAGCUACAGCAGCAGCAGCAACAACAGCGGGGACUGGAGCUGGGACCCGCCGAGCGACCGCUCCACCCCUUCCACCCCGUCGCCGCCGCUCUCCACCGACGUGGCCAAGAGCUUCCUGCCGGCCCCCCAGCUGGACGACGGCAUCGAGGAGACCGAAGCGACCCACUUCCUCUUCGGAGACCCCAUUCCCCGGAAGAGGAAGAACUCCACCAAGGUGAUGUUCAAGUGCUUGUGGAAAAGCUGUGGCAAGGUUCUGAGCAGCUCCUCGGGGAUGCAGAAGCACAUCCGAACCGUCCACCUCGGCCGGAAAGCCGACCUGGACCAGAGCGACGGCGAGGAGGACUUUUACUACACGGAGCUGGACGUCAAUGUGGACUCCCUGACAGACGGGCUGUCCAGCCUGACCCCUGUCUCGCCCACCUCUUCGGUGCCCCCGGCCUUCCCUGUCCUGGAGGUGCAGCGAACCCCGCCGGUGCUGGUGAAGCCCGAGGACUCUGUGGAGUCUCCUCUGAGUCAUUCAGCUCCAACGAGCCUGUGCCAUGUCCACACGGACCACGCCUAUCAGGUGGGCCAUGUGGAAAAGCAGGCGAUGGCUCCCGUCAGCAUCUCAGCUGCUUCGAAAACCCUGCCUGGCGGGAUGGGCUUCAGCAUCUCCUGGCAGCCACCCCCAGCGCCACAGUCACCAGUUGUUUUUAAAGGGUCCCCGGGCUGCCUGACUGCGCUCCGCCCCGUCGGCGUGGGAGAGAAGCGGCCGCAGAUCCCUCACCCGACCGUCACCGCGGCGCCCCCCUCUGUGCCAAAGCCAGCCGCGGGCACCAGGAAGCCCCGCGGCGAGGCCAAGAAGUGCCGCAAGGUGUACGGGAUGGAGAACCGGGACAUGUGGUGCACAGCCUGCCGGUGGAAGAAAGCUUGUCAGAGGUUCGUCGACUGAGCGCCCCC